UUUCGCUUUGCUAGCUGCUCGAUCCUUCACAUCACAAGUCAUUCUUUGCUUGCUGCGCUGUCCAGAGUGAAAGAUGAGCGGCGACGGCGGCGGCAUGGUGGCGCCGUUCGUGGCCAAGACGUACGCGAUGGUGGAGGACCCGGCGACCGACGCCGUGGUCGCCUGGGGGCCGGCCAGCAACAGCUUCCUCGUCGCCGACCCCUUCGCCUUCUCGGAGAUGCUGCUGCCCGCGCACUUCAAGCACUCCAACUUCUCCAGCUUCGUCAGCCAGCUCAACACCUACGGCUUCCGCAAGGUCGACCCCGACCGCUGGGAGUUCGCGCACGCCUCCUUCCUCCGCGGCCAGACGCACCUCCUGCGCCGCAUCGUCCGGCGCCAGAACGGCGGCAAGCGCGGCGGCAAGGACGGCAGGAACGGCAAGGAGGAGGACGAUGAGGAGAGCAGCAGCACGAUGCUAGCGAUGGAGGUGGUCCGGCUGAGGAACGAGCAGAGGGCCACCGAGGAGCGCGUGGCGGAGAUGUGGCGCCGGGUGCAGGACGCCGAGCGCCGGCCCAAGCAGAUGCUGGCCUUCCUCCUCAAGGUCGUCGGAGACCCCGACGUGCUGCACCGCCUCGUAGGAAAUUCGAGUAGAGACGGCGGAUUAUUCCCGGGCGAGGGCGCGGAGGUCCAGAGGCCGCGGCUGCUUCUUAAGAGGGAAGUCCAGGUGGGCGAGCAGAUGCACGUCGACGGCGAAUGGCAGUUGUACGGCAUCAGCCGGCAGGAGUUCUUCAUUCGGGAAUCCCCGGUGGACUUCGCUGGGUUCUGCACCGGAGGCGACGGGUUCAGCGAUGUGCCGACGGACGACCCGCCGUACGCUUUCACCGUGGACGGCAGCUACUGAGUCCUGCCCGUUGGUUCAGAUGGUGUUUCUAUCUCCGCCCAUGCAUAUGUGUACUGUACGUAAUAGGAGAUUUUUUUUUGUAAGACGACGUGGUAGCAGUACUUUGUUGCAAAUUACUUUCUCCGUCUCAUAAUAUAAAAGCGUUUAAAAAACAUUUUUAUAUUAUGGAACGGAGGAAGUACUACUCCUACCACCUCGAGUGAAACUAUAUGCUUGCUAUAGUCUUUCGGUACUUUGGUACGGUGAAAUGUCAAUUGGGCAACUGUAACCUCUCCUGUAAAUU